AUGGAAAAGGCAUUGAACCUCAUGAAUGCGGCGGGAAUACCUAAUUUCCGCGGAUUUGGCGGCUAUCCAACUACGGUCAAAGGCCAUCAGGAAACGCGCAAGGGCCUGCUGUACCGAUCUGCUCACCCCGGGGCAAUGACAGAGAAAGGCUUGGCACAAAUUAAAGAAAGGGGAGUCAGAUGCAUCAUUGACCUGACCUGCCACGAUGAGAAAACCAUUCCAUAUAUCCUACCUUUGAACAAAUUACAACGGGAAGGAAUUCAAGUUUUGCAUCGACCGAUAGAAGAGGGGUACUUCUCCUUGGAGAAGUUGCUACUGAAGUAUGACACAUUCCAGGAACGAGGCGCUGAGGCUGUUUCGAAAGCAUAUCUUGACCUACUAGAAAAAGGAAGCACAACCAUUCGAGAUAUCAUCUUGAUCCUCAAAGCCAAUCAAGAUGCUGCAACGCUCAUUCAUUGCUCGCUUGGCAAGGACAGAACGGGACUGAUAUUUAUUAUCCUUUUCCUACUGAUGGGAGUGCCCUAUGGCAUGAUCGAAAAGGAAUAUUGUCUCAGUGCAACGGGUCUCAUGGGUUCCUUGGAGAUUAUCGAACGUUUUCUUAUGCAAAGAACCAACGACGAUCCCAAAUGCAGUCAAAGGGCCUUACAAAUUAUCACGACACAUGCGGAAACAGUCCAGCGAACAAUUUCGGAAAUACACUCGAGAUAUGGGGGAGCAUAUCAGUAUUUGGAGAAACACUGUGAUUUCACAAAGGAAGAGCUUAGCGAGCUGAUAGAUAUACUCACGGACGGUAACUAA